AGGGCCGCGUGAUACAUUUGGGAGCGUGUCUAUUGAGGAGGCGCACAAAUAUUGAGUUUCGUGAACCGAGGUUUUGGGCUAUUCCUAUUUGUUUCUAUGGCACACUUUUGGAUUUGAUGAAGGCCCAAGCCUCAUGAAGGAACCCUGUGUAACAGUUGUAAUCACAGCUGCCGCACGGCCACCGAUAGCAAGCCUCGGCUAGAUAUAAUUUUCACUUCGUUGGGGCAGCCACCAUGUCAACAAUGUACUCAAUCCACAAGACCAUCCACCCGCCCACGGGAGUGGAGGCAAGCCUCUACUGCAACUUCAUCGGCCAGGGCGACCAGCAGCUGGUGGUGGCCGGCUCCAACAUGCUCAAGAUAUACCGGCUGGUCCCCGACCCGGAUGCUGUCCUGUCAUCAGAUGAAGAGGAGCGGCCCAAGACGCGGCUUGAGUGUCUGCUGUCGUUUUCGCUGUACGGCCGCGUGGCGGCGCUGGCGUCGGCCUCGCUGCCCGGUGCGAAGCGGGACUCGCUGCUGGUGGCGUUCGACGAGGCCAAGCUGGCGCUGUGCGAAUACGACCCGCUGCGGCACGACAUUGCCACCAUCUCCAUGCACAUGUUCGAGGAAGAUGAGAUGAAGUCGGGCUGUACGGACCUGACGGGCGUGCAGAUGCGCGUGGAUCCGGAGAGCCGCUGCGCCGCCAUGCUCAUCUACGGCCGACGCAUCGUCAUCCUGCCGUUCCGGCGAGAGGUAACCGUGGACGAGGAGACAGGCAGCCGACGCUCGCCGGUGCUGCCAUCUUACGUCAUCAACCUGAAGGAGCUGGACGAGCGGCUCUGCAACGUCGCCGACGUUCAGUUUCUGCACGGCUACUACGAACCGACGCUUGCCAUUCUGUACGAGCCGAUCAAGACGUUCGCCGGGCGGCUGGCGGUGCGCCGCGACACGUACCAGCUGGUGGCCAUCUCGCUGAACGUGGAGCAGCGCGUGCACCCGGUGAUCUGGACGGUGGCCAACCUGCCGUUCGACUGCCUGCGUAUCGCUCCCGUGCCGCGGCCCAUCGGCGGCGCCCUGGUCAUGGCCACCAACAGCCUGCUCUACCUGAACCAGAGCGUGCCCACGUACGGCGUGUCGCUAAACACCAUGACGGAGACCAGCUCCCGCUUCCCCCUCAAGACGCUGGACAGCGUCAAGAUGACCCUGGACUGCGCACACUCGGUGUUCGUGACGCCCGACCAGCUGGUGGUGUCGCUGCGCACCGGCGAGCUCUACGUGGUCACGCUGGUGGCCGACAGCAUGCGGAGCGUACGCGACUUCAACUUCGAGCGCGCCGCCUCCAGCGUACUCACCACCUGCAUGACUGUUUGCGACGACCACUACCUGUUCCUGGGCUCGCGGCUGGGCAACUCGCUGCUGCUGCGCAUCCAGGAGAAGAAGGCGCUCGACAGGGACGGCGAGCCACUGAGCAAGCGCCGAAGGACGGACGGGCCCCUCACCAACAUCGAGAACCUGGACCUGGAGGAGCUGGAGGUGUACGGGAGCGAGGACAUGGCUCAGACGCAACUGAAGCAGUACACGUUCGAGGUGUGCGACAGCAUCCUGAACCUGAGCCCGUGCGGCCAGCUGUCCAUGGGUCAGCCGGCCUUCCUCUCGGAGGAGUUCACGCUGGACGACCCGGACAUCGAGCUCAUCACCACCUCCGGCCACGGCAAGAACGGCGCGCUCUCCGUGCUGCAGCGCUCCGUCCGACCCCAGGUGGUGACCACGUUCACGCUGCCGGGCUGUCUGGACAUGUGGACGGUGCUGGGCCCGGACAGCGGCGGCGGCGGCGGCAGCGGCGAGCAGCACGCCUUCCUCCUGCUCAGCCGCCCCGAGGCCACCAUGGUGCUGCAGACGGGCGAGGCCAUCAACGAGCUGGACAAGAGCGGCUUCCAGACGGCGGCGCGCACCGUGGCCGCUGGGAACUUGGGCGAGCGGCGCUACAUCGUGCAGGUGACAACAGCCGCCGUGCUGCUGCUGGACGGCUCCACGCUGGUGCAUCAGGUGGACGUGGGCCUGGAGGCGCCGCUGGCGGCGGCCUCUAUCGCCGACCCCUACGUUGUCGUUUGCUCGGAGAGCGGAGAGGUGGCGCUGGUGUCGCUGGACGAUAGUCGCCUGGUGCUGACGGUGCCCGACAUCGACACGAAGGACGUGGUGCUGGCCUCGGCGUUCGUGGACAGGAGCGGCCUGUUCAGCACCGCUGUGCCCUCCUACAUCCGGGACAUUGACGAGCAGCUGGCCGGCGUCGCGGACAAGCAGCCGACCGACGAGCAACGCAAACAGGAGCUGGACGACGAGGACGAGAUGCUGUACGGCGAGUCGGCCGCCUCCAUCGGCGACGUGGCGCUGCUGUCGCUGCCCGACUUCCGUCCGGCGCUGGUGCUGCGCGGCCUGGCGCACGGCUGGACCGUGAUCGGCCACGACGAGCCGCAGCCGCAGCUCGAGGGCGAGGCGGCACGGCCACCGCCCAUCCGCGAGCUACGCCUCUCGUGCCUCGGCUACCGGAAGUCGCGGCCGGUGCUGACCGCGCUCGUCGGCGAGCAGCUGCUCAUCUACGAGGUGUUCCCCUGCUACGCGCUGCCCGAGAGCCAGCUCAAGGUCAAGCUGCGCCGAGUCCAGCAUGACAUCAUCAUCCGCACCAGGAAAAGCAAGACGCGUCCGAUGGCCGACGCCGAGCCGGGCGCCCCCGGCCUGCUGCGGGAGUUCACCAACGUGGCCGGCUUCGACGGGCUGUUCCUGUGCGGCCCGAACCCGCACUGGAUCCUGAUGACGACCCGCGGAGAGCUGCGCUUCCAUCCCAUGACCAUCGACGGCCGGCUCAAGAGCUUCGCCAGCUUCAACAACGUCAACUGCCCGCAGGGCUUCCUCUACUUCAACAAGGAGGGCGAGAUGCGGAUCUGUGUGCUGCCGCCGCACCUGCUGUACGACGCGCCGUGGCCCAUCAGGAAGGUACCGCUGCGCUGUACGCCGCACAUCAUCUGCUACCACCUGGAGACCAAGACGCACCUGGUCUGCACCUCCAACGCGCAACCCUCCAUGAAGGUUUACAAGUUCACCGGCGACGACAAGGAGCUGAGCGUGGAGGACCGCGGCGAGCGCUUCCCGUACCCGUACCAGAAGGUGUACACCAUCCAGCUGUACUCUCCCGUCUCGUGGGAGCCGGUGCCGAAGGCGCUGAUGGAGUUCGAGGAGUGGGAGGUGGUGACGGUGAUGAACAACGUCAGCAUCAACUACGAGGGUCACAGGUCCGGCCAGCGCAUGUACAUCGCCGUCGCCACCAACCACAGCUACGGCGAGGACGUGGUCUGCCGUGGCAAGCUGAUGCUGCUGGACGUGAUCGAGGUGGUGCCGGAGCCGGGCCAGCCGCUGACCAAGAACAAGCUGAAGGUGCUGCUGACCAAGGAGCAGUCGGCGCCGGUCAGCGCCAUCAGCUCCGUUGCCGGCUAUCUGCUGGGCGCCGUCGGCCAGAAGGUGUUCGUGUGGACGGUGAAGAACAACGAUCUGGUGGGCGUGGCGUUCAUCGACUCGCAGGUGUACAUCCACCAGCUGCGCUCCAUGAAGAACUUCAUCAUGGCCGCCGACGUGUGCAACUCGGUGUCGCUGCUGCGCUUCCAGCAGGACUUCCGCACCAUCUCGCUGCUGGCACGCGACUUCAAGCCGCGCGACAUCUACGCCGUCGAGUAUCUGAUAGACAACACGCAGGUCGGGUUCCUGGCGACGGACGCCGAGGCGAACCUGAUCGUGUUCCUGUACCAGCCGGAAUCGCGAGAGAGCGGCGGCGGGCAGCGGCUCAUGCGUCGCGCCGACUUCCAGCUGUGCUCCCGCGUGUCGACCAUGACGCGCGUGCGGUGCCGACUGAAGGACACCUCCGGCGAGAGGAAGCAUCCGCCCAUUGUGGCCAAGCGUCACAUGACCGUAUACGCCUCGCUGGACGGCGGCCUGGGCUUCCUGCUGCCGCUGCCGGAGAAGACGUACCGGCGCCUGCUAAUGCUGCAAAACCUGCUGACGUCGCAGCUGCCGCACCGGCUCGGCCUCAACCCGCGCUCGUUCCGCACCUACCGCAGCCAGCGGCGCGAGCUGGCGCCCCCGGCGCGGGGCGUGCUCGACGGCGACCUCGUGUUCUCCUACCUGUCAAUGCCGACGCCGGAGCGGCACGACGCCGCGCGCCGCGUCGGCUCGCGGCCGGAUGAGAUCGCCGACGACCUGACCGAGGUCAGCCGGUACACGGCCCACUUCUGA